CUUUGUGUCUCAUCUCUGUUUUACCACUGUGCCAAAGUUCACUUUCACAACCCGGGACAAUAGGAGAAAGAAGACACUGAACUCGAUGUUCUGUGGCAGCUUCGUCUUACAGAUGAAUCGUGUGUGACCCUGAGACAACUGAACGCAAACACCUGUAACUCUACAGACAGCACGACGGGAUUCCUUUCCAACAUGAACAACAGGAGAGCAGCGGUCCAGCGGAGGAUUGUGGACAAGGACGGCCACAAUAAAGUGCGGAUUGACAAUGUGGAGGGCAUGGUCAAGCUUUACCUGCACGACAUCUGGACCACUGUGGUGGACAUGAAGUGGCGCUACAAAAUCACCCUGUUUGCUUCCACCUUCGUCAUGACUUGGUUCAUCUUUGGGGUCAUCUUCUACUUCAUUGGAAUGGGCAACGGAGACCUGGAGGGGAAUUUGAAUUCCAACCACACGCCCUGCGUGAUGAACGUGGAGACGCUGACCGGAGCCUUCCUCUUCUCGCUGGAAUCACAGACCACCAUCGGCUAUGGUUUUCGUUACAUCUCGGAGGAAUGUCCCCUGGCCAUCUUCACUCUGGUUGCUCAGCUCGUCAUCACUGGCCUGGCUGAGAUCUUCGUCACCGGCGCCUUUCUAGCCAAACUGGCUCGGCCUAAGAAGCGAGCGGAGACCAUCAAGUUCAGCCAGUUGGCGGUGAUCUGCCAGCACCAAGGAAAGCUGUGUCUGAUGGUGAGAGUGGCCAACAUGAGGAAGAGCCUCCUGAUCCAGUGUCACCUGACAGGAAAGCUCCUCCACUCAAAUGUGACAGAGGAGGGUGAGAAGACGCAGGUCUACCAGACCGCUGUUGACUUCCACAUGGACUCCAGUGGGGAGUGCCCUUUCCUCAUCCUCCCUCUUACUUUCUACCACAUUCUGGACGAGCACAGUCCGCUGGCAGGACUGAACGCAGAAAACCUCUACACUCGACCGUUUGAGCUGCUGAUCACCCUCAAUGCCACAAUGGAGUCGACGGCAGCCACGUGUCAGAGUCGCACCUCCUACGUUGCCCAGGAGAUCCUCUGGGGCUACGAGUUCAAGCCGGUGCUGUUCGGCACCACAGGCGGACGCUACGUGGCAGAUUUCAACUUUUUUGACAAGGUACAAGUGAGCAAUGACCCAUGCUUCCUCAAAAACAACUCAGAGAAGCUGAAGCUUGAGGAGGACUACAAAAAAGAAUAGAUGGUGGAUGAAAAGGAAAAAUGUGUUACAACAUAUAUAAGCUGAUUUAAGUCCCUUUUACUUGUAACAUGACUAUAAUACCUGACAUUGAAAUUAUUGGUUUUGUUUUGUAAAUAAAUGUUUCUUCAUUCAAUAAAA